CUCCCUGAAGAUGUCUGGCUCAUAUUGCUCCAAACUGUCUGGACAUUUCCUGGUUAACUGCUGAAGCUUUCCUACCAUUUGUUUUCUUCCUGAAGCCUUAAUCUAUUGAGGGAUCAGAAUUGGCUGCUGUGGAAUCCAGACCAACUAAAACAUGAGAAGAUGUAUUCAAGAUGAUCCAGCCAGAAGAUGAUUCACUUCAUAGAAUCUUAUUUUUGUUAAAUAUAAUUUGACAAAGCCAAGUUCAAUUACUUAUCUUGAAACUAAGACACACCUGUGGCCUUCAUCAGAAAUGUUUCUAACAUUUUCAAGAAAAAAUAUGUCCCAGAAACUGAGUAUGUUUUUACUAGUUUUUGGAAUCAUUUGGGGUUUGAUGUUGCUACGUUACACUUUUCAGUAUCCAAGACGGCAAAGCAGUGCUGAAUUGCGUGGACAGAUAUUGGAUCUAAGUAAAAGAUAUGUCAAAGCACUGGCAGAAGAAAAUAAAAAUUUAAUGACUGGUGGCGGUGGAGCCUCUGUGGCAGGAUAUGCUGAUCUUAAGAGAACAAUUGCUGUUCUUCUGGAUGACAUCUUACAACGCCUUGUGAAACUGGAAAACAAAGUUGAUUACAUCGUUGUGAAUGGCUCAGCAACAAAUACCACUAAUGGAACUAGCAAUCAGGUGUCAGUAACUUCAAAUAAACGUGUAAAACCAGCAAGCAACAUUAGAUAG